AUGCAUACUAAUCCUCGCUCGAUAGACUCGCAGGUCGCGUCUUCAGCAGAGAAGCCGAAUGAGAGCCAAACGUCCCUGGCUCCCCCCCCACGACCCGCCGCGACUACUGCCAGUGACACCCCCGACUACUUCAAUUCGGUUCACAACCCCUUCUCACUGGAGCCCAACCCGUUUGAGCAAUCGUUCAGCGGGAACUCUGGCGAUACCCCCGGGAAGUCGCUGCUGCCACCCGUCGCAGCCCUCGCAUCGCCAGCCCUCGGCGGCUCAAGUUCUGGCGGUGGUUACAACUGGUCCAACUCUCUGCGCUCCGGGCCUUUGAGCCCCGCCAUGCUUCCCGGCCCAACUGGAUCAAAUGAUUACUUCGACAGUAUCGGCAGAGGCUUCCCGACCCCUAACGAAUCCUCCCUCCGGACUGGCUUGACCCCUGGUGGUGGGGGCUCUAUGUUCCCUGCCCCAAGCCCAAACUCACAGGCUUUGCUGCAGCAACUCCAAGGUGGAGGCGCGACCCCAUCCACGAUCGAAUUCCACCGUACCGCGCUGGCCGCAAAGAAGGGUAGCAACGCCAACGGUAAUGAACAGGAAGGCGCCGCAACCAUGGAUGUAAAACCUGGCCAGCCGGAAGCUGCCGAUCAGUUCACCCAACACGAUGCCGCUGAUGCCGCCAACGGUCUCUUCAUGCUCGCGAAGGGUGGUCAGAACAACAACAUGCAGCAAAUGAACCAGGGUGCCUUGCAAAACGAAACUCGUUCCGCAGCAGCUCGUCGCGUCUCACAGAAUACAAACGGCACCAGCACAGGUGGGGAUGGCUCGGAGCAGGAGAUGGCGAAGCCUGCUGCUAAGGGUAAAGGCAAAAAGAAUGCUAAAGCGUCUACCCCCGCAAACAACCGACGUAAGGCGGAUGAUAUGGCCAAGGGACCGAAUAAGAAGGCGAAGACCGCUACGGAGGAACCACAAUCCGAGAUGGAUUCCGACGAGGAAGACAUGAAGAUGAAGACUGGAGGAGGAGACCCGAAGAAGAUGACCGAUGAUGAGAAGAGAAAGAACUUCCUGGAGCGUAACCGUGUUGCCGCUCUCAAAUGUCGUCAGCGAAAGAAGCAAUGGUUGGCCAACCUCCAAGCUAAGGUUGAGCUUUUUACCACUGAGAAUGAUGCUCUGACAGCCACGGUCACUCAACUCCGUGAAGAGAUCGUCAACCUCAAGACCCUCUUGCUAGCGCACAAAGACUGCCCAGUUUCCCAGGCCCAAGGCAUUGGCCCAUUGAUGAUGAACGGAAUGUCUGCCGGCUUCGACCACCAUGGCUAUAGCAUCCCCGGGGGUAUGGGCAUGCAGCCUGGUGCGAUUCCUGCUCAAGGCAUGCGUCGGGCAUAA